AUGAAGCUGACUACGGGGUCUGAGUUUGUUGUGAAGCUUUUCCAGAUGCUUGAGGAGCCUGAGAACUAUCCAUACAUAUCGUGGGCCUUGGAUGGAAGAAGCUUCAUCAUAUCGAACACACAGGACUUUUCUGAGUUUGUGCUUGAGAAACACUUUAGACACAAGAACUGGAGCUCUUUUGUCAGGCAACUCAAUAAGUACGACUUUUACAAGGUACGAAGGGAUGGAGAAAGGAUAGGGGAGAGGGGGCGAUGGGAGUACAAGAACAAGUAUUUCCAGCGGGGAAGGCCUGAGCUGCUUGCGAAGAUUAGGAGAAAGAAAGCGCCAAGCGAAGGGAACGGGCCUGGGAAUACGAGUCCGAGGCAGAUUGAGAGUGGGAUGGUCUACCAGUCGCACGUGCUGAAUGCGGUCCGGACUAUUUCAAAGUAUCUUCAAGCUGUUGUUGAGGAUAUUAAUGAGAUAAAGAAGUACAUAUAUUAUGAGAGGAUGAGGAUUGCCUGCAAGACCAAUGUCCUGUUUGUUAAGGGGGACGUUCCUGGAUCUGAGUGGAUAUGCAGUUCGCUGAAGAUCCCAAACUACUCCUUGACCAUUGUGGAGGAGGGUGCCGAUGUGAGGAGUGUUAUGAGGUGGAGGUACGAUGUGGUCGUAUUGUAUGCUAACACCUCUGAAUGCAGCAGGGUGGUGAGCCGAAUAAGAAACGAAGAUGCAGAUGUUCCCAUUGUUUUGGUUGUUGACGAGGAAUUUAAAGGCGAGUAUGCGAAUAUUUUGGGGAUCAGGGUGUCGGAGGCUCUUCUGAUGCCUAUUGACCCGAAGGACUUGGUUGAUGCUGUGAAUAGGCAUGGGGGCCAUAGAAGUUUAGAAAAAGGCUAG